CGGGUCCCAGCCGCCCGCCGCCGGGCAGCUGGCGCUAGCAUCUCGCCUGACCUGUGCGUCCGCCCGCUUGCUCGGGAUGGCCGGCUACCUGCGGGUCGUACGCUCGCUCUGCAGAGCCUCCGGCUCCGGGCCAGCCUGGGCGCCGGCAGCCCUGACAGGCCCCAGCUUGCAGGAGCAGCCGCGGCGCCACUAUGCCGACAAGAGGAUCAAGGUGGCAAAGCCGGUGGUGGAGAUGGAUGGCGAUGAGAUGACCCGUAUCAUCUGGCAGUUCAUCAAAGAGAAGCUCAUCCUGCCCCACGUUGACGUCCAGCUCAAGUAUUUCGACCUGGGGCUCCCAAAUCGUGACCAGACCAACGACCAGGUCACCAUCGACUCUGCGUUGGCCACCCAGAAGUACAGUGUGGCUGUCAAGUGUGCCACCAUCACCCCUGAUGAGGCCCGUGUGGAAGAAUUCAAGCUGAAGAAGAUGUGGAAGAGUCCGAAUGGAACCAUCCGGAACAUCCUCGGGGGGACUGUCUUCCGGGAGCCCAUCAUCUGCAAAAACAUCCCUCGCCUCGUCCCUGGCUGGAGCAAGCCCAUCACCAUUGGCAGGCACGCCCAUGGCGACCAGUACAAGGCCACAGACUUUGUCGUCGACCGGGCCGGCACGUUCAAGAUAGUAUUCACCCCGAAGGACGGCAGCAGUGCCAAGGAGUGGGAGGUGUACAACUUCCCUGACGGUGGCGUGGGCAUGGGCAUGUACAACACCGACAAGUCCAUCUCCGGUUUUGCGCACAGCUGCUUCCAGUAUGCCAUCCAGAAGAAGUGGCCCCUCUACAUGAGCACCAAGAACACCAUUCUGAAAGCCUAUGACGGGCGCUUCAAGGACAUCUUCCAGGAGAUCUUUGACAAGCACUAUAAGACCGACUUUGACAAGAAUAAAAUCUGGUACGAGCACCGGCUCAUUGAUGACAUGGUGGCUCAGGUCCUCAAGUCUUCCGGUGGCUUUGUGUGGGCCUGCAAGAACUACGACGGAGACGUGCAGUCGGAUAUCCUGGCCCAGGGCUUUGGCUCCCUUGGCCUGAUGACGUCCGUGCUGGUCUGCCCAGAUGGGAAGACCAUCGAGGCUGAGGCUGCUCAUGGGACGGUCACCCGCCACUAUCGGGAGCACCAAAAGGGCCGGCCUACCAGCACCAACCCCAUCGCCAGCAUCUUUGCCUGGACGCGUGGCCUGGAGCACCGGGGGAAGCUGGACGGGAACCAGGACCUCAUCAGGUUUGCCCAGACGCUGGAGAAGGUGUGCGUCGAGACAGUGGAGAGCGGAGCCAUGACCAAGGACCUGGCAGGCUGCAUUCACGGCCUCAGCAACGUGAAGCUGAACGAGCACUUCCUGAACACCUCGGACUUCCUGGACGCCAUCAAGAGCAGCCUGGACAGAGCCCUGGGCCAGCAGUAGCGGGCGGGGGCGCCGCGGGCCGCGUUUGGACGCCAACUGGGCCGCGCGGGCGGGCCGCGGCUGCUCCCAGCCCCUCGCAGGAGGCCUUUGUGGGGGACGUUUUUUAUAAGCGAGAUGUUUUUAGAAGUCUCUGUCUGUGUUUGCCCUCACGGUGACGUGAGGCCACAGCAGCCUGUUUACCUCAGCCGGUCAGUAUGUUUCGCAUACUGUAAUUUAUAUCGCCCCUGGAGCACAUGGUGCCAUAUUUAGCUACUAAAGAGCUCUUCACAAAA